AUGCAGUAUUUGAUUAAAAAGCGACUGAACUAUGGUGUCUGUAUCCUACGUAGUGCACGUACUGUGAUAAUAUUCGAAAGAUGCCGGUUACUGCAGCAGUUCCACCAUCAACUCAAGCUAAUAUACUUCACAUAUUCCCAUCCAAAUCCAUCUCCAACGCGCAGAGCACUAAGUAGAGGCCUCCGCGAUCCCGUGGCCGUGGAUGUGCUUGAAACUGAUUCAUCCUGGCCUACCAAUCACUACCGUCAUUUGUAUAGGACAUGUUGCGAGAGAAAGUUGUACCCACCACCGACGGACGACAAUAGCCGACCAGAGGCAAAGCACUUUCACUCACCACAAGAUCGCAGAGACAUGAAUCAUUAA